AUGCCCAUCCCCUCUCUACCCCUCUUCGCCGCGGCGGAGCAGCACGCCCGCAAUCCGGAGAAGAUCGCCGUCAUCGAUGCCACCAAGCAACAAUCCUUCACAUACGUUCAAUUGCUAGCAGACGCCGCAGGGCUAAGGAAGCGCAUACUCGAGGAACUCAGCUUGACAUCCUCAGGUGAUCUAGAAGACCGGCGCAUUGCGUUCUUGGUGCCGAAUGGGUACGACUACGUCGUCACGCAAUGGGCAGUGUGGGCAGCUGGUGGCAUCUGCGUUCCACUGUGCACAAGUCAUCCCGUGAAGGAAUUGCUGUAUACCAUCGGCGACUCGGACCCCGCGCUGAUCAUCAUCCACCCACACUUCGAGAAGAUCGCGCCUGCGUUGCGUGACGCAUGCCCCGCAAACAUCCCAUUCAUGGGCCUCGACCCCCUGUCUCGCGAUGAUGCGCCGUCUCUGCCUUCGUUCUCCGCGCCCUUUGCCCUCACUCGCCCUGCCCUGAUGAUCUAUACCUCUGGAACAACCUCGAAUCCGAAAGGCUGCGUGACAACGCACGAAAACAUUACAUUCCAGGCAAGCUGUCUGGUCAAAGCCUGGGAGUACGGUCCCUCGGACCGACUAAUCCAUGUGCUACCGCUCCACCAUGUACACGGCAUCAUCAACGGAUUGACUGCCAGCUUUCUUAGCGGUACCACAGUCGAAAUGCACCCCAAGUUCGACCCGAAGGUCAUCUGGGAGCGGUGGUCGGACCGCGGCUCCUCAACCAUGUUCAUGGCUGUGCCUACCAUCUACUCGCGAUUAAAUGAUUACUUUGAUACCCACAUUCGCGGGACUGAAGGCGAAGACGCGGCGCGAGCUGGUGCGCGCGCUCUCCGACUCAUCGUCAGCGGUUCCGCUGCUCUGCCCACACCGAUUAAAUCCAAAUUUGCCGAGAUCACCGGACAGGUUCUGCUGGAACGGUACGGGAUGACUGAGAUUGGCAUGGCGCUUAGCUGUGGACUCGAAGUCCAGAAGAGGGUUGAUGGUAGUGUAGGAUGGCCGCUUCCGGGUGUAGAGGUCCGAUUGACAGAGAAAGAAACUGGGCGGGUUGUGGAUGGAGUGGAUGAAGAUGGAAUGAUCGAGAUUAAGGGUGGGAACGUCUUCCGUGAAUACUGGCGGAAACCUGAGGCGACGGCCUCGGAAUUCACGUCUGACGGAUGGUUCAAGACUGGGGAUGUGGCUCGGCGCGACUCAACGGGGGCGUACUUUAUUCAAGGCCGGGCGUCUGUGGAUCUGAUCAAAUCUGGCGGGUACAAGAUCUCGGCAUUGGAAGUUGAGCGCAAAAUGCUGGCCAUUGAGGCCAUUGACGAGGUUGCGGUUGUGGGAUUAGCGGACCAGGAAUGGGGCCAAAGAGUUGCUGCAGUCGUCAAAUUCCGACACGGGGCUACACCGCUCGAUCUUCCCACUUUACGCGCCGAGUUAAAGAACGAGAUGGCUCCUUAUAAGAUCCCCACGGUUUUGAAGAUUGUUGAUGGGAUCGAGCGCAAUGCCAUGGGCAAGGUUAACAAGAAGGUCAUUGUACAGAAGUACUGGCCCGAAGGCUGA